GUUCAUCAGUGUGAGCUAGGACAGACAAGUGGCAACUCGCUCAAUUUACUCUGUGAACUGUUGUAACUUUUUUUUUCAAUUGUCAUCAUGGUGUCACUUAAGCCUCCCUGGUAUCUAAUGGUGGGGGUGAUGGUGAUGGCGGGGCCGGCACUCGACAGCAGUGAUUCGGGAGGUAACUGCCUCGUCAAGAAGGGGCUGCAGAUGGACGAACCCCAAGGACCAUUGCUGUUGCUGGCCUAUGUGACCCGCUCGACCAGUUUGACCGUGGGCUUCAUCUUCCGUGGCGUGGAGGGCAAACAGGAGCGGGAUGCAGUCUCUCUGAACAGUACGGGGGCCACUCACUCGGAGGUGAGGGGCGGGAAAGCCACCUUGACACCCUUGGACCUGCCGCGCCUCAUCCCCGAGGGCUGGAACACCUUCAACGUGACUGUGGCCGGAAAGGACGUGACGAUGACGCUGGUGCAGGGCCAGGACCACCUGACGCUCCUGCAAAUGUCGCUGCCACACCCCGUCACAAGAGUGCAUGCCGUAGGGACCGUGGCAAAAUGCUCAACAGCCUCACCCGAGUCGGAGGUGGCCGCGGGCAGGGACGAGGUGGUUUUCCUACAGCCGGUUGGAAGUGAACAAGAACAGUGGUUGGAGUUGAGCAGCGAGGAAGAGGGGGCGGCGUCCGUCUUUGUGUACUUCCCUUCCUCCCCGAACACCAUGACCCCUGUGCCCGCUAACACCAUCCUCAGGAUAACCAGUAGCCUGCGUGGCGACUACGUCCUCUUGAGAGUGUUCAAGGAUGGUGACGGGGGUGGUGAGGAGGUGGUAGAAGAGAGAGCUUCCAUCACGCCCCCGCUGACCAUGCUGGUGCGCAGUGAUGGAGGUGAUGGUGACGGCCCCAGCGUUCAUCUCCGCCUCAUGCUGUCGCAGCCGCUCGUGUACGAAGCCCCGUCCUCCACAAGCAGCGGCGCUGGAAGCUUGGGACACAAAGCACUUGGCAUCUCCCUGACGGUGUUGGCGUCCUGCCUGCUGCUGGGAGCGGCGCUUUACUGGUGGCGCCGCAGGAACAGAAUUCCACCCUUGCGCCGGCAAGAAAGCCGGGCUAAAGUGAUCCAAGAGACGCCAGCCUCCCUGAGCCGGCAGCCGGACUUCAAGGGUCGCCUUUAUCACGACACCACCGACGGGAUGAAGACGCUGCACCUCCACCUGCUGCCGGACCCCGCCACGGUGCGGCUCCUGAACGCGCUGCUCUACAGCGACGUCUCCAGUGCUGAGCUGCUCCUGGUCAACAUCCACGAGGCGUCACGGCUCCACAGCUUCGCGGAGAGGCUCCCCGCCCUGCCCAGUAUCGGAAAGGUGAAGCUCGAUGUGGCGGGCUUCACGGAGAGAGACCUGGACAAGGUGUGCGAGCUGGUCAUGAAGCUGCAGCCAUCGAAGGGGUAUGCAACCAUCGACUUCCAAAGGGACAUCAACAGCAACAACAGCGGCAAUGGGGAGGUUUUGCGGCAAGAAGCGUGGGAGAAACUUCUUCAAGGCUUGCACGAUAUGGAGGUGAAAGUGAAGGGGAGGGUGUGGCUGCCAGCGGGGGCCAUCACGGAGGAGCGACAAAAGCUGCUGCCCCUCAGCUUCACCUACGACUGUCGCAUCGCUGGAUGAGUAGAAGGAAGGAGUGCAACGGAAGAGUGUGGGGAGCUGCUGGCUUAGGGGAAGGAAGAAGUGCAGUGGAAAAGUGUGGGGAGCUGCUGGCUUAGGAGAAGGAAGAAGUGCAGUGGAAGAGUGUGGGGAGCUGCUGGCUUAGGGGAAGGAAGAAGUGCA